AUGCAAAGCCUGCUAUGGACCUGCGUCCUCUCCCUCCUGUUAUGGGUUGGUGUGGGAAACGCCGAGUGUGUCUUCCCCGACGAGAAUGGCAAUCUGCCGAAGCAGCACAUCGUGGUCAUCGACCGCAUCCCCGUCCAUCUGAGCGCCGCCAUCUGCUCCAACACCACCAUCAGCGUCGCUGGAACAACGGUGCCAGUGACGAAUGCCCCGACGGUAUUGCUCACCGACUUUAUUGUCGAGAACACAAUCACGCUCACUUCAACACUGAGCCCAAUCACACCUUUCAAUGGCCUAUUCACAACCAUCACCCGAGGAGUGCCUCAGGGCUCUUCUACCUCCACCAUCACCCUCGACCCUCAAGAUGGCUCUGACCUUGGGACACAGAUCGUCCUGCAACCUCUCCCCUCAGAUUGGCAAGGCCCAUUCAACCCCAUACAGACGCGCUUGAUCAUCCCUUGGGGGGUUUCAACCACGCCGUCAGUCUACGAUUCGGGGCCGUCUGCGCCUGGUCUCGGCGGCGAGACCGCGUUCCCCCGGAGCCUCAUCGUCAUCACGGCGCCCUGGACCGGCUCUGUCACGAACACCGUCUUGCUCCCGCCUCGGCGGAGUGACGAGGUGGGCACGCGGAUCCUCUUGACGCCGGCCUCUGAACCCUUCACGGGGUCGUUGACAGCAGUUACGCAGCCGUGGACCGGCAUGGUACCCACGACAAUCACUCUUCCAGCUCGUGGGACAGACACGAUUGGCACGGAACUCGUGUUGACGCCGAUAGACCCCUCCGCCCCCACCGAUCCGCCUCUCGCCCGUUCCUUCACAACAAUGACAGGCGUCUGGACAGGAACAGCGCUGUCGACUGUGGACCUGCCUCCGGCUGGUGGUGAUGAUAGUAUCGGAACCCGUAUCCUUCUCAGGCCCACCACCGAAGGAGGUGAAAGUGAUCCCGCGCCGUCUCCUCGUCUCUUUAUUGAUAUCACGGGUACCGGGACCGGAACCGAUCCCACCACCAUAACGAUCCCGCCAGCUGAAACGGGGACGUUGACAAUCGCCACCCGGCUGAUCCUCAACCCGGCCACGACUCCGGGCUCAGCUGGCAUCACGGGGAGCAGCAACAGACCCCUCGACCCCUUUGGUCGGCUCUUCAUCCCGCCCGAAACUGGCACCGACGAUCGCUUCAUCACAAUCACGUCGACCACGACCGGUGCGGAUCCCACCACUCUGACCCUCCUGCCCACCGAGAUCGGUGGUACGGGCACUGUGAUCGUGUUCGACACGCUGACCGUCACCGUCACCGCUCCCACCGGGGGACUCGGCCUCCAGACCCUGCUGCCAACAAGCGGCGGAUCGGUCGUCUCGACCACGACCCCGGGGGGCCCCAUCAACCCUGCCGAGUUGGUUGACGGUGAUUCGAGCGCAGUGUCGUCCUCGAGUGGCCUGACCAGCGGUCCCGUUGGCAACAACAUCCUCACAAGCCCUGAGGGAGGAUCAGGCACCAAUCCGGUGCCGGACAUCACCAGCACCCCUUUCACCCAGCCUGCUCUCCUCACGAGUGAUCCGGACGUCCCAGCCACUUCGACCACGACGGAUCCCGGCCUGCCUCGGCUGCUUUUGACCACGACCUCCAGUGCCCCAGCCACAUCGGACUCUGAUCCCCCAAUCGAGCCGUUUGAGUUUCCCGAUGAUGAAGUUGUCACUGACCUCAGCUCUUCUCACCGGAGCCGCUUCGACAACAACAACAACAGCCACUACUUCAAGUGGACCUUCAGACGACCCGAAUAA